AUGGCUGAAGCUUUCCUUCAAAUUCUGUUAGACAAUAUGACUUCUUUCAUACAAGGGGAACUUGGAUUGUUUUUUGGUUUUAAAAGCAUGUUUACUACGAUCCAAGCUGUGCUUGCUCAGGAGAAGCAACUCAAGGACAAGCAGCUAGAAUAUUGGUUACAGAAACUCAAUGUUGCUGCAUAUGAAGUUGAUGACAUCUUGGAUGAAUGUAAAACUAAGGCAGCAAGACUCAACCAGACUAAAUAUGGAUGUUAUCAUCCAAAGGUUAUCACUUUCAGUCACAAGGUCGGGAAAAGGAUGAAAGAGAUGAUGGAGAAACUAGAUGCAAUUGCUGCAGAACGAAGUAAGUUUCAUUUGGAGAAAAGGACUCAAAUAUGUCAUUAA